AUGUGCGGCGACAGCAACCGUCCGACCUUUGGAGGCACGAUUGCCGUGCUUUUCCCUCGAGAGAACAAGUUCUAUUCGAAUUCUUCGGAGGCUUCGCUCUCAUCUUCACCCGAAUCCGUGGCCUCGUCCGCCUCCACAUCUUCCAUGUCUUCAUACUCGCUCUUUUUCCGGGACCCUGAGACAGCCGGCCACAAAACCAAGGCCAUUUUCCAAAUUGAUGAUGCUCAGACUUACCACGCGCUGCGGGGAUGUCGACAAGUGAACAUGCGGAUUGAGAAAUACGGAGAUCUCUCGACCAACAAAGCAUCUUCCGCUCCUUUGCAUCAAUUUCAGCUGGACUUUACGAAGAAUGCACAGAGUUUCCAGACAAACGUGGAGUUCGAGUUACCCGAAAGGCUGGACUUGGGCGUUUCAGAGAAGGGAGUUGUGGGUCGACAGCUCACAAUGAGCGAGACGGAUGGAACCGUCCUGGGAAUCGGCAUCGUGGGAUACAAUUGA